AUGGCUAUUAAAAUUAAAAUAGAGUUUCUUGGUGGUUUAGAUAUAAUUUCAAAUUCAAUACGAGAACAUAAAGUAACUGUACCCUUUGAAGAAGGUGAAGCAACAAUGAAAGAUUUAAUAAAUUGGAUUACAAAAAAUAUCAUAUCUGACCCAAAAGAUAUUCCAGUAUUUAUUGAAAAUGAAACAGUGCGCCCUGGUAUACUAGUACUUAUAAAUGAUACAGAUUGGGAAUUAGAAGGAAUGGAAGAUUAUGUAAUUGAACAAGGUGAUGUAUUCACAUUUACAAGUACAUUACAUGGUGGUUAA